UACUCCACUUCCAAGUCGUCCUGUUCAAGUUCAACGCGACGAAGCUACGGUCUCUGCCCAAAGCUUUAGCCAACGGUGACGAGAACACAGCCCAUACCUAAGUCUUAAGCUCUGAUCCGAUUCUUUUCAUCAAUGGCCGAUCUUGCAUGACCUAGAAUUCCCCGAAGCACGUUGCAUUCUGCCUGGUUUUGGCAAUGGAUGGUCGUUUCAGAUCUGUGUUCUGCGUCUUGUUCGUUCUGGUUUAUGCGAGUGUUAGUGGGAGUUUGGUUUUUGGGGAGAAUCGUCAGCCCAAGAACGUGCAGGUCGCGCUUCGUGCAAAGUGGGCUGGUACCCCACUAGUUUUAGAAGCUGGGGAAUUGCUAUCAAAAGAAUGGAAAGACCUUUUUUGGGAGUUCAUUGAGGCCUGGCUACAUGCUGAGAAUGAGAAUGCUGAUUCCAAUUCAGCCAAGGACUGCUUAAAAAAAUUUGUGACAUAUGGGCGCUCUCUUCUUAAUGAACCUUUGGCAUCAGUUUUUGAAUUCUCUCUCAUUCUUCGAUCAGCAUCUCCUAGAUUAGUGUUGUACCGGCAACUUGCAGAAGAAUCUCUAACUUCUUUCCCACUAGCUGAUGAUAUUGCCAUUGGGGAAAUUUCAGAAUCAAAUGAAAAUAUGGGAGGAAAAAAGAUUGAUCCCCUGCUUGAGGGAGUUAACUCAAAAAAUCCUGCUGGAAAAUGCUGCUGGGUUGAUACUGGUGGGGCUCUGUUUUUUAGCGCUACAGAGUUCCUUUUGUGGCUUCACAGCCCUAUGGAAUCAGCCAGCGAUUCAUUUCAGCAGCCUGAACUUUUUGAUUUUGAUCAUGUCCAUUAUGAUUCAAGUAUUGGAAGUCCAGUUGCCAUUCUUUAUGGAGCUCUUGGAACUGAUUGCUUUAAGGAGUUUCAUGUUAUCCUAGUGGAAGCAGCAAAAAAGGGAAAAGUUAAGUAUGUUAUUAGACCUGUAUUGCCUUCUGGAUGCGAAACAAAGUGUGGUCAUUGUGGUGCCAUUGGUACAAGAGAUCCCCUAAAUUUGGGUGGCUAUGGUGUUGAACUUGCUUUAAAGAGUAUGGAGUAUAAGGCCAUGGAUGACAGUAAAAUUGAGAAAGGUGUGACUCUUGAAGAUCCUCACACUGAAGAUCUUAACCAAGAUGUUAGAGGGUUCAUAUUUUCUCGAAUUCUGGAACGCAAACCUGAGCUGGCGUCUGAGAUAAUGGCUUUUAGGGAUUAUCUUUUGUCGUCAUCAAUAUCAGAUACACUUGAAGUUUGGCAAUUGAAGGAUUUAGGACAUCAAACUGCACAGAGGAUAGUUCAUGCCUCUGAUCCUCUGCGGGUGAUGCAGGAAAUAAAUCAGAAUUUUCCUAGUGUGGUUUCUUCCUUAUCCCGCAUGAAGCUCAAUGAUUCAGUUAAGGAUGAAAUAAUUGUGAACCAGCGAAUGAUCCCUCCUGGGAAGUCCUUAAUGGCACUGAAUGGCGCUUUAGUCAAUAUUGAUGAUAUUGACCUUUAUAUGUUGGUUGAUACGAUCCAUCAAGAGAUAUCGCUGGCUGACCAAUUUUUGAAACUGAAGAUUCCUCAAAGCACUGUGCGAAAACUUCUAUCGACUAUACCUCCUCCCGAGGCCAAUAUGUUUCGUGUGGAUUUUCGAUCAAUGCAUGUUCAUUACCUCAAUAAUUUAGAGGAGGAUGCAAUGUACAUGCGAUGGCGGAGCAAUAUAAAUGAGAUUUUGAUGCCAGUCUUUCCUGGACAACCACGUUACAUUCGCAAGAAUCUGUUCCAUGCAGUUUAUGUUCUUGAUCCUGCUUCUGUUUGUGGACUUGAGUCUGUUGACAUGGUUAUUUCUUUCUAUGAGAAUAAUUUUCCCAUGAGGUUUGGGGUAAUACUUUAUUCUGCAAAGUUCAUCGAGAAGAUUGAAAUGAACUCUGGUGAACCCCCAUUAGAUCCUCUGAAGAAUGAUAGUCCAAUUGCCGAAGAUAUAUCUAGUCUGAUCAUACGCCUUUUCAUUUAUAUUAAGGACAAUUAUGGGACUCUCACAGCUUUCCAGUUUCUUAGCAAUGUAAAUAAAUUCAGGAUUGAAUCAGAAACUUCUGCAGAAGAGACUCCUGAAUUGUCCCAUGUGGAAGGAGCAUUUGUAGAAACACUCUUACCCAAAGUAAAAUCGCCACCUCAAGACAUUUUACUUAAAGUAGAAAAGGAGCAAACCUUCAAAGAACUGUCAGAAGAGAGCUCCAUGUUUGUUUUUAAGUUGGGUUUGGCUAAGCUGCGCUGUUGCCUCUUGAUGAAUGGGCUGGUCUCUGAUUCUAAUGAGGAGGCUCUUAUAAAUGCCAUGAACGAUGAGCUUCCUAGAAUACAGGAGCAAGUUUACUAUGGGCAGAUAAAUUCUCGCACUGACGUGUUGGACAAGUUCUUAUCUGAAAGUGGUAUUCAGCGCUAUAAUCCACAGAUCAUUGCGGAUAGAAAGGUGAAGCCAAAGUUUAUAUCUUUGUCUGCAUCCAUCCUUGGAAGUGAAUCAGUACUAGAGGAUAUCAGCUACUUGCAUUCUCCAGGAACUAUAGAUGAUUUGAAGCCUGUUACUCAUCUUCUUGUUGUUGAUGUGACAACACGUAGAGGGACAAAAUUGCUUCGUGAAGGACUACAUUACCUGAUGGGAGAAUCUAAAAUUGCACGCUUAGGAGUGCUAUUUAGUGCCAAUCCCAAAGAUGACUCACCUAGUUUUCUUUUAAUGAAGAUUUUUCAAAUAACUGCAUCUUCAUAUAGUCAAAAGAAGACGGUGUUGGACUUUUUGGAUCAACUCUGUGCAGUUUAUGAGGACAACUACAUGUUUUCAUCUUCUUUGGUUGCUGAAAGCACUCAAGCAUUUGUGGACAAGGUCUACGAGCUGGCUGAUGCAAAUUCUUUAACAUCUAUUGACUAUAGGUCUGCUUUAUCAGAAUUUUCAGAUGACAAACUGAGCAAUCAUCUGAAUAAGGUGGCUCAAUUUUUGGUCAGGCAUAUUGGACUUGAGUUGGGUGUUAAUGCCAUUGUCACUAAUGGAAGAGUGAUGCUUCCUGUUGAUGAAAGCACCUUUUUGAGCCAUGAUCUGUCUCUCCUAGAAUCUGUUGAGUUUAAGCAGAGAAUAAAGCACAUAGCUGAAAUUAUUGAUGAUGUGAACUGGCAAGACAUGGACCCUGACAUGCUAACGAGCAAAUUCAUUGGUGAUGUUAUUAUGUAUGUAUCUUCUUCAAUGGCUACGCGGGAUAGAAGCUCUGAUAGUGCUCGCUUUGAAGUUUUGAAUGCAGAAUACAGCGCUGUUGUUAUAAAUAAUGAAAAUUCUAGCGUUCAUAUUGAUGCUGUUGUUGAUCCCUUGAGUCCAUCAGGUCAAAAGCUAUCUUCACUCCUUCAGGUUCUGCAGAAAUGUGUUCAGCCAAGCAUGAGGAUUGUACUUAAUCCAUUGAGUUCUCUUGUGGAUCUUCCUCUGAAGAAUUACUACAGAUAUGUAAUACCAACAAUGGAUGACUUCAGCAGUAUUGGCUAUACAGUAAAUGGACCGAAAGCAUUUUUUGCAAACAUGCCGUUAUCCAAAACCCUCACCAUGAAUCUUGACGUUCCAGAGCCUUGGCUUGUUGAGCCUGUCAUUGCUGUCCAUGAUCUGGAUAAUAUUUUGCUCGAGAAUUUUGGCGACAUGAGGACCCUGCAAGCAGUUUUUGAACUUGAAGCUCUUGUCCUUACUGGUCAUUGUUCUGAAAGGGAUCAUGACCCUCCUCGAGGCCUCCAGCUGAUUCUUGGAACUAAGAGUACACCUCACUUGGUUGACACCCUUGUGAUGGCUAAUUUGGGUUAUUGGCAAAUGAAAGUUUUCCCUGGGGUUUGGUACCUGCAACUUGCUCCAGGUAGAAGUUCAGAGCUGUACUUGCUAAGGGAAGAUGGUAGAGGGCAGGAUGUACCUUUGUCAAAACAGAUCACUAUAAAUGAUCUACGAGGUAAAUUAAUUCAUUUGGGAGUGGUUAAGAAAAAGGGGAAGGAACAUGAGAAAUUGCUAGUUUCUGCUGAUGAUAAUCCGUCACGAGAGAAUAAGAAGGGAAAUCACAAUAGUUGGAACUCAAAUUUUUUCAAAUGGGCAUCUGAUUUAAUUGGUGGCAGUGAGCAGUCAAAUAAGAGGGAGAGCACUUCAGUGGAGCAUGGAAAAGGUGGGCGGCAUGGAAGAACUAUUAAUAUAUUUUCUAUUGCUUCUGGACAUUUAUAUGAACGUUUCUUAAAAAUCAUGAUACUCAGUGUUCUUAAGAACACCCAUCGGCCAGUAAAAUUCUGGUUUAUAAAGAAUUAUCUUUCUCCUCAGUUUAAGGAUGUAAUUCCACACAUGGCACAAGAAUAUGGUUUUGAGUACGAGUUAAUUACUUACAAAUGGCCUAGUUGGUUGCAUAAGCAGACAGAAAAGCAGCGGAUUAUCUGGGCAUAUAAAAUUCUUUUCCUUGAUGUUAUUUUCCCUCUUUCUUUGGAAAAGGUUAUAUUUGUGGAUGCAGAUCAGAUUGUCAGAGCUGAUAUGGGGGAGCUGUAUGACAUGAAUAUCAAUGGAAAACCUCUUGCAUAUACUCCUUUUUGUAACAAUAAUAAGGAUAUGGAUGGCUAUCGAUUUUGGAGACAGGGAUUCUGGAAAGAACAUCUACAGGGUAAACCAUAUCAUAUAAGUGCUUUAUAUGUUGUUGAUUUGGUGAAAUUCCGAGAAACUGCUGCAGGAGAUAACCUCAGAGUUUUCUAUGAAACCCUUAGCAAGGAUCCAAACAGUCUAUCCAAUCUGGAUCAGGAUCUGCCUAACUAUGCUCAACAUGUUGUACCAAUCUUCUCACUCCCCCAAGAAUGGCUAUGGUGUGAGUCAUGGUGUGGUAAUGCAACAAAAUCAAAGGCAAAAACUAUAGAUCUUUGCAACAAUCCCAUGACAAAGGAACCUAAGCUUCAGGGUGCAAAACGGAUAGUUUCUGAGUGGCCAGAUCUUGACUUGGAGGCAAGACAAAUCACCUCAAAAAUUUUGGGUGAAACUGUUGAUUCCCAAGAGCCAAUUGCAUUUCCAAAUCAAAGAGAUGAUGUUGAUUCCCAAGAGCCAUUUGCAUCCCCAAAUCAAAGAGAUGAUGUUGAUUCCCGAGAGCGAACUGCAUCCCCUAAUCAAAGAGAUGUAGUUAGUGCUGCAUCAGAGAAAGACACAGAAUCCAAGUCUGAAUUGUGAUUUAAACAGUAUAAAUGAUGUUAGUUUUAGUUGAUCUGGUGCUGGACCUCUGCCUUUUAAACCUGCAGUAUAAUGCAUUAGACAAUUUUGGCAUGGCAUUUUUAGCUGAAAGGAAGACGCAAAAUGCAGGCAAGUCAUUUGUCUUCCUGCCUGUAAGCAUUAUAGGUUUCUUGUGGAGACUACUGCCAUUCAGGGGAUCAACUUAAAAGGAAGUCCCUGUUCGCCAUCAGCUUUAGGCAAUUAGUUACAUAAAACCACUGGUUCAAGAAAUGAGCUUUAGGAGAUUAUAUCCCAUAUUGAUUCGAGUCCUAACCAUUUUCUGUUGAGUAGACACAUUUUCUGUACGACUAAAAUUAGCAGCCAAUGUUGUAAUCUGCUAGACUAUAGGAUCCCUUGCUGAUGCCUUGGAAAGUAAAACCCGACCUUUCUGAUGCUAACCCCUUUUGGAGUUAAUAUAUGAAAUUUUGGGAGAAGUGGCGACUACUGCAUUAUAAUUUUUUAUGGAAACAAGCUGAGUCUAAUUUCAAGCC